CGUAGAGAGAGAGAGAGAGAGAGAGAGAGAGAGAGAGAGAGGGAGAUCGUAGGGAUCGCACCGGCGAUCCUCGAUCGCUGGAUCGGGGGCGGAGGCGGCGGGGGUGGCGGAGGCGAUGGUGGUGGGCGUGGGCGCGGGCGGCGGCGCGGUCUGAGGUCGCGUCGGGGCUGUGGUCGCCCUCACCAUGUGGUUCUCGUUCUGGCGAUCCAGGAAUCGCUUCUCCCUCGACGAGCUACGAUAUUUAACAGAUCAGCUGCAAAAGAUUCAAGUUGUAAAUGAAGUUAACGAGGAUUUUGUCAUUGAAGCACUGAGGUCGAUUGCGGAGCUGCUGACAUAUGGUGACCAGCAUGAUCCAUCAUUUUUUGAGUUCUUCAUGGAGAAGCAUAUUAUGGGUGAAUUUGCACGUAUAUUAAGGAUUAGCAAACCACUCAAAGUUGCACUUCAGUUGUUACAGACUAUGAGCAUUAUGAUCCAGAAUUUGAGAAGCGAACAUGCGAUUUACUAUAUUUUCAGCAACGAACACAUUAACUACAUUAUAACAUAUUCUUUUGACUUCCGAAAUGAAGAAUUGCUGUCAUACUACAUAUCUUUUUUACGGGCAAUAAGUGGAAAGUUGAACAAGAAUACGAUCUCACUGCUUGUGAAGACAGAAAAAGAGGAUGUUGUUUCAUUUCCGCUUUAUGUUGAAGCCAUACGAUUUGCUUUUCAUGAGGAAACUAUGAUUCGAAUUGCUGUGCGUGCAUUAACACUUAAUGUCUAUCACGUUGGAGAUGAAUCUGUUAACAAAUAUGUUUCACGUGUCCCGCUAUCAGAAUUCUUUGCAAAUAUGGUCAAAUAUUUUCAAAAGCAGUGCAUCAACUUGGACAAGUUGGCUGCCGAAAUUGCUAGGAAUCCAGACUCCUCCGAUUCAACCUCCUCCAUUCUUACUGCAGUGGAAGAGAUUGAAGAUAACUUAUACUAUUUUAGUGAUGUUAUAUCGGCUGGGGUACCAGAUCUUGGAAGAUUAAUAACUGACAAUAUACUGCAGUUUUUGGUGUUUCCAUUGCUUCUGCCUUCGCUGGACAGAUGUAGCAACGGUGGAGACAUAGGCAUCGCUACUUCCUUAUACUUGCUUUGUUGUAUACUACACAUUUUUAAGAGCAAGGACUUGGCAAAUACUAUUGCUGCUACCCUUUUCUGUCCAAGAAAAUUGUUUGGUUCAAACUUUCAAGCGAGGCCAAAUGGCUGUUCUGUUGGUGCUCACGUGAAAGCAGACGAUUCAGGAGUUUCUGUGCUAGAACCUUCUGGCUCCUCAUGUUUACCCAAUCAUUCUUCUCAAAGUGGUUGCAGUUCAUGUCAUUCAUUGAGGGAAGUCCUGCUAUCAUAUAUAACUGCUGGAGAUGACUUGCAAGUAUUAGGUUCCUUGAGUUUUCUUGCUACCUUGUUGCAGACAAAAGUUUUUGUAGAACUCGAUGAAUCGAUGCUAGAUGCACUUGGAAUUCUUCCUCAAAGAAAGCAGCACAAAAGGCUCCUGCUUCAAGCUUUGGUUGGUGAAGAUUCAGCUGAAGAACAGCUAUUUGCCACUGAGAGAAGUGCAACAAAGGAUGACAUUUGUGGCGACCUUGAUAGCUACCUGAAGAAAAUAGAGGGUGAAUAUGGGCUGUUGUGUCAUCAGAUGGAGCAUCGAAUAAGCCCUGAGGUGCAUCGUUCUCAGGUGCUUGAUGCGUUAGUCAGCCUUUUCUGCAGGUCUGAUGUAUCUGCGGAGAUUCGAUGGGUUGGCGGUUGGCUUUUGAGGCAGCUGCUGCCUCAUGGCGAGGAACAACUUAGUGCUGUUCAUCUUGAACGACUCAAGGAUUCGCACAAGAAUUCUACUGCUAAUCUUUUAAAGGAAAUCAAAGGAUGCUGGUCGGAUUUGCUCUUGGUCACUCUUAAAGAUGUAUGGAGGACUUGCAAGAAAGCAAUUGAGGCAUCAUCACCUCCGAAGGACCCCAAAUCCAUACUAUAUCCGUUACAAACAUGUUCCUAUGGAGAUACUUCAGGUGAAUCUUCUUUAGCUGUUGGCGAGAGGAUGCAUGAGAUGGUUAAGGUUUUUGUUUUCCAACGUCAACUGCUAGUUUUUUCUCUUGGAGGAACUUUAGCCGAUCAACCCACAAUAAAUUCUCCAAUGUUUUCUCCUCGAGGUUCUGAAACAAAAUCUGCUGGUUUAGAUGUUCUAGUACCGAAACCUGGCUCUGAAAUUGAUUUGGCUAAUGCUGUACCCUGUAGAAUAGCAUUUGAGAGAGGGAAAGAACGCUACUUUUCUUUUUUAGCUAUGUCUAAGGGAACAUCUGGUUGGCUGCUUCUUGUGGAAGAGUUACCCCUCAAGCAGCAACGUGGAAUUAUUCGUGUCAUAGCCCCCUUGGCCGGCUCAGAUCCUAGGAUAGACGAGGAGCAUCCAAAGUGGUUGCAUUUACGCAUACGCCCCUCAACCCUACCUUUCUUGGAUCCCUCAAAGUACAAUGGAUUUGGUAAAACCAAAAUGAAGGUUUUGGUUGAUGGGAGAUGGACAUUAGCCUUUAGAGAAGAGCAGGUUUGCAAGGCAGCACAUUCUAUGGUAAUCGAAGCUAUGAAUCUCCAACAAAAGGAGGUGGAGAGGCUAGUAAAUCAAUUGCUCGAACUUGAUUCUCUAAAUGUUCGUGAGGUUGAAGUUUGAAAUGAUAAAGACCAGAAUUGUAUAUUAGUAUUAGCUGGUUAGCUCCUUACAAGUUGCCCUCUGUAACAUACAGCUAUAGAGUUUGAGCCAUUUGAGUUGUGGGACUAGCUCAAUACAAUUAAUUCUUUGUACAUUAGUUUGUAAUUUUUUUUUUCUUUUCUCUCUUGUAAUCUAUGUGCAUCAUAAUUCAUUCUUUAACAAGCCAGAGGGCAGAUUUUAGUUUAAUUUUAGUUUACUCUCAUUGAGAAGUAAUGCAUCAGUGGAUACUCCUUGGUGCUUCAGAAUUUUCUUGUACUAUCUCUGGAGCUGGCUCAAUGACCUUUGCUUUUA